CCGUGAAAUUAAUGAUAAGACACAUUUGACUCCCUAAAAUAUAUCGAAGUGAAAUUAAUGACUAGUCACACACAUUUUUUUCAUAAAGAUCGUGAAAGUUUGCAUAUCUUAAUUUAGUACUUUUUAUCCGGCAAGAAUGUUAUCAUUCGUUAAGUUUGUAGCGUACAUUGAAGUGUUUCACCAAAGAAUAAGUUAUUUGAUUUUUGGAAUAAUAGUUUCUCAAUUAAUAGAAUUGGUAUUUAUAUAUCGCCGAUAAAGGAAUAUGGAAAUGAAAGACAGUACCACCAGGACCUUGCUAUUCGUUCUCUGUGUAAUGAAUGUUUUCUUCGAAGUCGGCAUAGUGUUUCAAUUUGGGGUUUUCUACAUUACACUUUUGGACAUAUUUCAAAGUGGCCGGGCUAAAACUGUAGCUGUACAAUCACUUCUUGGUGGAUUUACUUUGAGUUUGGGUGUUUUGAGUGGAGUCCUUGUCACUAAAAUAGGCAUACGUUGGGUAAUAUCUAUAUCCUGUAUACUCGUUCCUGUUGGAUUUAUUGCAUCCUUCUUUGCUACAAGAAUUGAACAUUUAUACGUAUCCAUUGGUAUUACAGCAGGUAUUGGAAUUUCAUUAUCAUAUGUCAGUUUGAUUUUGUUAAUUGGCAGAAUCUUUAUCGGCAAGAAGAGAGACCUAUGCAUUUCCCUCCUAAUGGCAUCUUCAUCAUUAUCUGGUCUAGUCUAUCCAUACUUUAUUGACUGGCUACUUGUUCAGUACGGACUCAACGGCUCAUUCCUUAUACUUGGAGCUGUUUACUGUAACAAAUUUCCAAUGUUAGUAAUGAUCUGGGCAAACAAAACUUCAAUAGAUAAACAAUCACUGACGCCCAAAUGUGAGGAAGACAAAGAAACUUCAAAUGGAUGUGCGAACACGAAAAACAAGUUUAGAGAAAAUGUCACUUUUGUUCAUGUUUUGCUUCUUUUUGGAAUUGUCCUACCAAUUUCUUUUAUAAAUGGAUUUGCUGCAUUAAUUCUCGAUAUAAGUGAAUGGAAGGGAUUCAGUAGCAAUACUUGGUUUGGAAUUUUCGCACUUGUUAUUUACAAUGUUGCAAGCACAAUUUCAAGACUAAUUCCAGGCUUGGUAGGACAGAUAGACAGUGUUAAUCCCUUUCUUAUUCCAAUCAUUUCAGCUAUCAUUGGUUUUAUUGGACAGUUGAUUCUUUAUAUAGGAAGCAGCUAUGCUUUUUUUGCUUUAUCCGUUUGUUUGUCAGGUUUAGCAAUAGGUGGAAUUCUUUCAUCUCAGCAUAUUCUUGUGUUGAAAGUUGUCAGCAUAGAUUUUGUUCCAAUCGGUUCUGGAUUGCUGAUUACAUCAGCGGGUGUAUUGAAUUUUGGAAUUGGGCCUCUAUUCGGUAGCAUCAGAGACAGUUCCGGUUCUUAUGGUAUCGUUGUUCUGACAAUCAGUGCAAUCAUAGCGACUUCUGCUGUUUUUCUCACAAUUGUUCUUUUUAAAAGGCGUUUUAGUGUUGCCAAUGGACCGAAGAAAGAAACAAUAACAAUAUCUGUAAUUUCAGUCUCACAAACGACUCAAAAUUGAUUUUAAAAUCUAUAACCGUGAUUAAUAAAGAAGACAAUUUUUGUUAUGCUGAAAUACGUAUUUGUUUCUGUUUUAUAAGAGACGUAAGAAAAUAUUUUACUUGUGAUUUAGGUAUCACAUAUAUAACAUCAAGUAUACACUGACAGAGAUUUGAUUCCACAUUUUUCAAAGUUGCUUUCCAUAUUUAUUGGUUUGAUUGCUUUUUAGAUCUGUCAAAAUUUCCAUGUUUAACUGUUGAAUUAUACUUAAAGUGGUGCUAGAGGCCUGAACAGGAUCAAUCAAACCGAACCUACAACAUUUUUAAUUCUGUCGUUUUUGGUCGUUCUUUAGGCAUUCCAUUUUUUCUAUUUUAUGAUGUUUAACUUAAUUUUCACAAGAAAUUGUUUUGCCAUUUUCUGCACAUAAGUUCAAUGAUAUAAUUAAUCCAUGGAUGUUGAUCAUAUUCAAAUGUAUAAUAUUCAACUUUCUAAAAAAAGAAAAGUAGUGUGAACGAAAAUUAUCGAUUGAAGUGCAUUUGUUUGAUUGCUGAACCAAGCAUCACUGAAUAAAUCUG